AACCAUUCCACCAGGCUUGCUGUCUCCCUCACUCCAUCACUCUCUCUCGCUCUCACUACUGACUCUGUUGGAUUGUGAAGGAAAUGUCUGGUCCUCAGUGUUGUGAGAAUCCACCAGUCCUCAGCUCCAGCUGUGGAGCUGGGUCCGUUGCAGAAAUUGGAGGCCUCAAGGCCUACUUUACAGGCCCUCCUGAUUCCAAGCUUGUUAUUCUUCUUGUUUCAGACAUUCUUGGGUAUGAAGCCCCAAAGCUUAGGAAGCUUGCUGACAAGGUUGCAGCAGCCGGAUUCUAUGUGGUGGUUCCUGACUUCUUCCAUGGAGAUCCCUUUGUCCCUGAAACCAAGACUUUACCAGUCUGGAUAAAAUCUCAUGGACCGGAUAAGGGAUUUGAAGAUGUAAAGCCAAUAGUUGCAGCACUGAAAAGUAAAGGCAUAAAUUCAAUUGGGGCUGCAGGGUUUUGCUGGGGUGCUAAAGUGGUUGUGGAGCUAGCCAAGGCUGGUGACAUUCAAGCUGCAGUGCUCUUACACCCUUCUUUUACCACUGUGGAUGAUAUAAAGGAGAUCAAGGCCCCAAUCUCUAUAUUGGGAGCUGAAACCGACCAUGUUUCUCCGCCAGAGCUUGUCAAACAGUUUGAGGAGGUUUUAGCUACUAAACCCGAGAUCAAGAGUUUCGUGAAGAUAUUUCCUGGGGUGGCACAUGGAUGGGCUGUGAGGUACAAGGUUGACGAUGAAGAGGCCGUGAAGCAAGCCGAAGAAGCACAGCAGAACAUGAUGGACUGGCUUAUUGAGUAUGUGAAGUAGAGAGGGAGGAGUUGGGCCAUUGCAGUGUCAGCUGGUCUCCAAUUGUAGUGCUUCACUGUUAUUCUGCUGUGUCAUCAAUAAUGAGCUUGGAAGUAAACUACGUUCUGUUCUUUGAAUUGAGUUGAUCUAUUGUGUUCUGCUAUGGAUUUUUACUAUUGAAUCAUUGCAAAUAAAGAGGAGAGUACUGAAAAUUAUGUGUCAUUGCAAGCUUGGGCAUGCUUCAGCAGCUCACAUCACUGUGGCAGCUGCUUCCUGCUGCUGCUGAUAAAGAUGGUGAAAUGUAAGUGGUGGCCGAUCAUGCACCGCCGUCUGGGCGGCUGCUUCUCCACCAUCCCGGCUUUGUUGAGUCGAUAAUAUGAGUACCCAGUUGGAUUGAACUCCCAGACCGAGUGUCUUUCUCAUCCUUAGGUGACUCUCUGCCUCUGGCAAUUUUCAUGUUCUUAAGCUGCCCCUCAAGCUUGUUCUGCCUUCUGGGUCAUCUACACUUUCAGUAGGCAUUAAAAAGGCACUAUCAAAUCAGGUGGUGCCGAAUAUAUAUUUUCGACUUCCAAUAUUUUGACCUAAUUUCAUUUGUUUGUA